AUGGGAUUCCCCCCGGGAGGGAUAUUGGCGGGAUACACUGACUCGGGAUCAGGUUCGGAUAGUGGUUCGGUGGAUGAGGAGACCGCAGGCGGUGAUUGGCCGAUGCUGGACGUAGAUGAGCAGAACGGCAGGAUGGGAGGCCUGGAAUAUGGCUCGGACGGUGGCUUCGAAGGAGGCUGGGAUGAUGGCUCGGAAGGAAGUUCGGAAGGAGAUUGGGCUGAUGGGUCGGAUGGAGGUUGGGAAGAUGGUUCGGAAGACAGUUGGGAGGAUUUUUCGGGCUCGAACUGGUACGACGCCUCGGAUGCACUCUGGGAUGACGGCUCGGGUGGAGUCUGGGAUGAUGGUUCCGGGGGAGGCUGGGAUGUAGGCUCGGGGGGAGGCUCGGAGGAUGCCUGGGACGAUGGUUCGGAUGGAGGCUGGGACGACAGCUCGGAGGGAGGCUGGGGUGAUGAUACGGGCAACGAUGGCAGCAGCGACAACAGCACAUGGGAGGGCGACUAUGGGAGUAACCAGGGGUUAGGGUUCAGUGGAGGUGACAACUCGUAUUUUCCUGACGCGUAUGGUGCAGAACCUAAUGAUGCAGAGGAUUCGCUCUACCCCACUGGCGGCGACUACUACACUGCUGACAGUGCAGACAGCACCGCGGCACUCAAGCCCAUGGUCCCUCGCACUGCUGCUACUCGCCGUCCGCCACGUGCCGUGGCACGUCCCACGCCUGUUCCUCCGAACCAGGGCACCCGAGCCAAGCCGGUCAAGCGCCAAGCCGGGGCUCGAGGCUCGGGCUCCCAGGCCAAGCCGGUGAAGCGUCCGGGUAACUACCACGGCGGUUCGGCCCAUGCCACACCAGGCCACCACAACGGCGGCAAACCCCAUCCGCCUUCCCACGUGGCAGCAAACCAGCACGCAGGUACGGCCCGAGCCAAGCCAGUCCGAUCCAAGCCAGUGCAGGCCGUGGGAACAGGUACGGUGGCCGUGCCAGUGGCGAGGGCAGCGAAGCAUAGCACCCUGAUUGCACCGACAGGGCAGGGACAGGGUGCGGGGGGGGCGACUGGGAGCGGAGGUGGAAGCUCCAGCAGCUCUGGUGGAGGGUUGAUUUCCACGCCAGAUGAUGCCACUCCUGUCGACCCCCCUGCUGAUGGCGUCCCGAUCCCCCCGGUCCUCCCACCCACCACGCCGCCCACCACACCUCCUCCCACCACCGCUCCUCCAAGCGCCCCUCCUCCUACCACCACACCUCCCACCACCCCUCCUCCCCCGACUACCACUCCCCCCACCACCCCUCCCCCCUCCACCACUCCUCCAACCACCCCUCCCCCAACCACCACCCCUCCCCCCACCACCACUCCUCCCACCACUCCUCCCCCCACAACCACCCCUCCGCCCACUACCACCCCUCCCACAAUCCCUCCCCCCACCACCACCCCUCCUCCCACCACCCCUCACCACCUGCGCUGCGGGGUGGCCCCAGGCUCACUCCUCAACGCACUCAACUGGGCGUGUGGGCCCGGCGGCGCCGACUGCUCCUCCAUCCAGCCGGGCGGUCCCUGCUUCCAGCCUGGCAACCUCGCCCUGCACGCCACCGUCGCCUUCAACUCCAUCUUCCACAUCCACGCACACCGCCCCGGCUCCUGCUUCUUCGGAGGCAACGCCGUGGUCGUCCCCAGCGUGCCCAACUACGCUGCUGCAGACUCCCCCACCUGCACCUUCCCGUCGUCCAACGGCCAGUUCUGCGUCGCUGCCUGCCGGGAGAUCCCGGACCCGUACUCUCCCCCUCCGGCUCUCGUGCACCCGGUAUACCCCGGAUACUCCCCCGAGCCCGAUUACCCUCCCCGAGGUGUGGUGGCGCCGGGCGGAGGGGGUAGGGGCGGGGGGAGCAGGUGUGCGGCGGACAUGGGGGCGGUGCAGCGGGCGCUUGACUGGGCGUGUGGGCCGGGCGGGGUGGACUGCUCUCCCAUUCUGCCGGGGGGGGCGUGCUGGCAGGGAGAUGGCGCGCUGGUGGAGCAUGCGUCUCACGCCUUCAAUGCGUACUUCUACCGCCACAACCACCAGCCUGGCACGUGCUUCUUUGGUGGCACUGCGGUGGUCGUCCCCCGCGUGCCCGACUAUGCUGCUGGCCCGCCCGCCUGCACGUGGCCCUCGGGGGAUGUGGUUCUUUGGUGGGACUGCUGUGGUGGUCUCCCCGUGUGCCCGACUAUGCUGCUGCCCCGCGUGCAUGCGACUGGCCCUCCGAGAAUGGCCAGUACAGUGUCGUGGGGUGCUGAAUGGGUUGGGGUGGAAGGCAUUGAGCUGUGA